UGAUCUUAGAAAAUGAGCUUGUUUGCUUAGCGUAUAUUUAUAAAUAUAUAAUGUUAGUGCUAUUGCUAAGUCAAGAUCGGUAAGCAUAUGUCCAGAAACUCAACAACAAAAUGAAACACAACAUAUUAAUUUCAAUAGUCUGGCAACUGCUGCUGCUGCUCGAUUGGCAGCAAGCACUGAAAGUAGAUGAACCACGUCGAUUUAGAUUGAUACCCCAAAUUGACAGUGUGAAUGGCCAUGGAACGCCAGAGAAUUGUCCCGAAAUGCUGGAGCACAAGGAUCUACGCAAUGCUGAGCACGAAAAGCUGCGCGAUUUUAUUAAAUUGGGUCACAAUGGCCUGCGCAAUCGGCUGGCGGUCAAGCUGAAACUAUGCGACGUCUUCUCCAUGCACUGGGAGGACGAUCUGGCCGAGAUGGCCAAUCGCCAGCACAGACAGUGUAAGCGUAAAGUGCCAGAUAAGUGCAUUUGCGAAAGCGGAAUGCCCUCGAAGGACGUAGUACUCGCUGAGGAAGACCCAAAACUUGAAAUAAGCCUUAACGAAACGGCUUGCAACAGUCACUUUCUGACCAACAUAUAUGCCUGGAAUUAUAUAGAAUUGGCAAUUGGCAGUUGGUAUCAUGAGCACAGCAAAAUGGAGGAGCCGCCACUCAUAAACUACGAAGAUGAGCAAUACUAUAAUCUAACGGGCCAUAAUGCUUUUGUCCGCAUGAUUAAUCCGAGCAGUUACCAACUGGGCUGCUCCUAUGCGCUCUUCGAAGAUGGCCACAGCUUGAUCUGCUUCUACUUUCCCUUUUCCCAUGCGAGCAACGGCACCUUCCUAUUGCGCUCCAAGCCCAAGGAGUAUCAAUGCCCCUACAACUUUCCAAUGCGGCACGAACUAUUCAAAGAGCUCUGCACUUAUGCAGACUAUGCCAAACUAUAAACAUUGCAAACGCAAUUUAAGCGCUUCUUUAACUAGCUUUACAUAUGCACAAACAUUUGUUAGUAUGUGUGCGUGUGUGUGUGUUCACCUUAACUGCCUGUUUACAGUCCAAGAGUGACCCUUAUCAUUUUUAGCCCGAAUAACCACGACCCAGAGCGCAGAUUUUACGCCUCAAAGCAAAUACUUCAAGCAAUUAUGGGUAUGGCAAACUGCAGAUACUCUACAAAAAUGAUAUAAAUGUAAAGCAUUAUAAUUUUAAUUAUGUUAAUGUCAAUUU